AUGUCGGUUCCAUUCACCUAUCACGCUAAGGCACAAUCCACUUUUAAGCCGCCUCUUAUUGCGAACGAGAACGCUUUCUUGGGCGAUAUACAAACAAGUGAAAAAGAGAACCCGGACAAGCCCAUGUCGGCGGGCUUCUACCGACUUGAAAAGGGAACCCCUCUCGUGUAUACGUACACCUACGACGAAAUGAAGAUCAUUCUUGAGGGCAAGUUUGAAAUUUCCGACGAAACGGGCCAGAAGGUCACGGCGACUCCGGGAGAUGUGUUUUAUUUCCCCAAGGGGGCUACUAUCACCUUUACGACGGAUGAUUUUGGGCUGGCGUUCUACGUGGGUACCCCAGGGCUGAGAUUGAACCACGCUAACGAUUGA